AUGGACGCGGAGCCAUGGACGCUGCCGGCUGAGGCGACGGUCGUCCACAAGUUUGGCAUGGAGUUCUACGCGCUCUUGACGGCCGAUGGCCUUCAGGGUAAGAAGAAGAGCAAGCUCUCGGGCUUGACGUUCCACCCGAUCCGGCCAUGGGCGGCGGCGGUCGAAGACAAGGACUUUGGGCUCGUCUGGAACUACGAGACAAAGGAGGUCCUCAAGCGCUUCUCGCUCGCGACGGGCGAAGAUGCGGCGACGCCCGCAGAGCCCGACACGCCGCAAUCACCGGGUGCGAUCAACCUCUCCAAGACGUUUUCGCCCAAGCUCGGCGGCAGCAAGACCAAGACGACAGCGACGCUUCUCUUCUUUGAUCGCGACGCGAUUGCCCACGCGUCUGGCGUCGCCCAUGGCAUCGAGUGCUACGAAGAGUACCUCGUCAUCUUCUCGAUGCACCACAUCCUUUUUUGCGACCUCAAUGGCAAAACCACGCGGCUGAUCACGCCCGACGAGCUCCAGCGCGCAACGCCCACGUCAAUCGAGACCCUCCCGGGCGGCUUUCUCGCCAUUGGCUGCAGCGACUGCAAGGUGCGGGUCUAUAGCCCUCGCAUGGCCAAAGUUUGCCACGUCAUCGACACGGGUCUGCCCCGCGGUGCGUCCAUCGCCGCAUCGUUGCAUGCCUGA